AUGCAGUCGCGACAAGUUCUAGUUCUAGUUUUAGUUAGUCUCACAAUUUCUGAUGUACGCACAAAAGAUGUUCAGGAAUGCGAAGAGUUAUCCCAUAAGAACUAUGUUUGCUAUGAGAUCGAGAGCUUUGAGCAACUGCAACAUUUUGUGCAAGAGGAUUGGCAAAGCGUGAAAAUUGUCAACGGACACAAGGCCAUCGAAAGUGAUGACCAAAUUCUGGACAAGAUGUCGAAGCUGCGUCAACUGGAUCUAUCGGAGGCAGGAGGAGUGUCUCUGGGCGAACGUGGCUUGAGGGAUUUAAUAGCACUGCAACAGCUCAACUUAUCACACAAUGAAUUGGAUGAGCUGCACGCUAAGCACUUUGCUGACAAUGCGUCUUUGGUCAGCUUGGAUGUCAGCCACAAUGACUUGCAGUUCAUUGGACGCACACUAAUGAAGCAGCUGUCAAAUCUCGUCUACGCCAACUUCUCGAAUAAUGCAAUAGCCAGCGUCGAGCCGGAUGCCUUCAAGGGGCAACUGUACUUGCAGCACCUCGACCUCAGCACCAAUGAGCAGGAGAACAUAACCAUUGGCAGUAAUGCCAAUCUGCGUUAUUUAUCCAUCAGCAACAAUAAUGUGCGAGAUUUCCCUUGGUGUCGUCUGCGUGGACUGCCAAAGCUGGAAGAGUUGCAUUUGCACAGCAAUUGGCUGGAGACGCUGGACAUGGCCAUCUUCUAUUCCCUGCCUCGACUUCGAGUGCUCAACGUGUCGAACAACAACAUCUACACAAUACAACGGAACCUAUUCGUGGGUCCUGGGCCUGAUGUUUCACCUCAGCUGCAAGUGCUCGACUACAGUGCAAAUAAUGUAAAGGUGUUGGAGGAUGAACUCUUCAACAGGUUGCAACAUCUGGAGUCACUUGAUCUGCACUACAAUCAAAUAUCAAAGAUCUCUGCAACUGCUUUUAGAGGUCUGACCAAAUUGAAAUCCCUGCACUUGCAGGACAACAGUAUUCGACAGCUGCCAGAUGGAGUUUUUGGCAAUUUGAUUUCGUUGCAGUUGCUCGACGUGAGCAAGAACAACAUCAAACAAAUCUCGGCAAAUGUGUUUGGCGACCGAGUGUUGCGGCAACUAAGUCAGCUUGACUUUAGCCACAACAACAUCGAGGAACUGCAUCCGUUGGCCUUCUCCUCGCUGCCGUACUUGCAACAGCUGCGCUUGGGGCGCAACAAGUUGAUUUCUCUAGACAUUCGCAUGUUUGCCCCACUGCGUCGCCUGCAGCUGUUGUCGCUGAGUGAGAAUCGCCUGACGGAUAUCGAGCGGGAUGUGCUCGACACGCUGGACAAAUUAAGCGAGCUGGAUAUCAACAACAAUCAGCUAACCUUUCUGCCUGCCACCUUCGAGCUGCCGCAGCUGCGACGCAUCCGCAUCGAGGGCAAUCCCUGGCAGUGCCUCUGCCUCGACGAGCUCACAGCCUGGCUGCAUGGUCGUGGUGUGAGCUAUGCGAGUGCCAACAGCGCCUACUACAGUGGCCGGAAAGCACUCUGCGUUGUCACGCCCCUUGGACAAUGCAUCAGGGACUUGGAGGCGGUGCGCGCGCACCGCAUUGUUGAAAGCUAUGAGGAGAUUUGAGGUGGCUGGCGAUGGAGCCAUAAAUCAAUAGCACUAAAUGCUAGUGGAGACUCAGAGUCAGGAUGGUUGGAGGUUGGAGUGUUGGAGUGUUGUGGCCUUCGUAAAUCACAGACAAAUGAAUGACCAUCAGGCGCAAAAGUUUUGCUGGCCAAAGUAUUUGGCCAACUGUCGUAAAACAAUAAAACAGAAAGAAGCCACACAACAAACCGGAAGUGGGGGGAGUGGAAAGUAGGGGGAGAGGGAAAGCAAUGGCACAGAUUUUCAAAUACUUAACACCACUUAGGCGAACAGUUGGACAAAUGACAAUGACACAGAGAGGAAUGGAAUGGAAUGAAAUGCUUCACACGACAUUCUCGAUUGUCGAGCGUAAUUUAACUUAAGAAUUUUUAUUAAAAUUGUGCGAUUUGUUUUGAGGCAGUUUGAGGCCUGAGGUAGUCUGAGCUGGCCAUGACUUAAUGAAUAAAUGAUUGAUUGAAUGGGUGUCAGAAGUGAGCAGCAAAGGAAGCUAAGCAAACUUCCGGCGGACGCGAGCGGAAAAAGCGUGGAAAAUUGAGCUGUGGGAAUUGUUAGUGAGUUUUCAAGAUUGCGCAAUUGUGAGUGAGUUGAAAAAUCAGAGAAUGAAUAAUGAAUAAAUUAUACAGGUAAAUGGCGCUAAAAUGCCGAUUUAUGAUUUAACAUAAGCCAAUCGAUUAAUUAAUAAUGCUGACACAAAAAUGUGUAAAUUCACUUAAUACGAGUAGAAAUAAAAUUAAUGAUUCACUUUUCUAAUUUAUUUGCGCACUUUCGAGGCGUUUUUCGCAUUUCCGCACUUUUUGAUUCUCAUAAAGCAAAUAUGCAGACCGAGAAAAGUAUUCAAAAUGAAUAACUAUGCUCAGGUCACACGCACACACUCAUACUCACACUCACACUCGCAUUCACAUUCACGAAUUCACAUUGGCAGGCACUUGUUGGUAAAUAAGUAGUUCAACUUCAACAUAUUCACGCAACUGCAUUGAAAAGCCAGCACAAGUAUUCGAGGCAUUCACACGCACAGGUGACAAAAGCCGACACCAAUGCGCACAGACAAAGCCAUGAGCCACGAGCUGUAGUUGGAGCCUUAGCCAGGACAUGGAAUAAGGACACAGAUACGCACUGCGCUGAAUGCGGCAAUUAUGGCAAGCAAGCGAGCUAGCUAGCAAGCGGAGCAACCGCCAGGAAUGAAGUGAGAGACAGGCAGCUUAACUUGCCUGCUUGCCUAACUCACACACAUACAGACACACACACAUACAGACAAAAGGAUGUUGGAGCCUAGCAACUCGACAGCUACAAUAAAAGUUCUUUAUGCCGUGUCGAGGCUAGCCGGAGAUUACAGCUAAGCAGUGAUGUUUUCUUUCUUUCUGCACUUCGUUAUGUGGGUCUCAUCAAAGUUUGCUUGCACAAAAAUGUUAAUUUAAUUACAUUACAUUUUUGGUGCGGUUCUUUUUUGUCGCUUUCGGGUUGAAAUUGUUCAACACCUGGUUGAGUUCUCGGUUCUCCCAAUCAUUGCAGGUCAAAGGCGUAAAGUUUUUCCACA